CCACCUUGUCCAUCUCUAUUAAGAGAUCUGGACCUAUGUUUCUUGGUGGUGGGUUCACUUCUGGGGGAGUCUGACCAGUAAAAAAAGAGAAUCAUCAGUUCUCACAGACUCAGUGCCAGGAUCCAUUGUCAGAGACAUAUAGUUGAAUCAAGAUGGUAAAGGUGGGAAUCAAUGGAUUUGGCCGUAUUGGGCGUCUGGUGACCCGGGCUGCAAUCAACUCAGGGAAAGUGGACAUUGUGGCCAUUAAUGACCCCUUCCUUGAUGUCAACUACAUGAUUUAUCUGUUCAUAUAUGAUUCCACCCAUGGCAAGUUCAAGGGCAGUGUCACAGCUGAGAAAGGAAAAAUGGUGAUCAAUGGAAAAGCCAUUACCAUCUUCCAAGAACGGGAUCCCACCAAUAUUAAAUGGAAAGAUGCUGGAGCUUUAUAUGUCGUAGAGUCCACUGGUGUCUUUACCACCAUAGAAAAGGCUAGUACUCACUUGAAGGGUGGAGCCAAGCGAGUCAUUAUCUCUGCGCCUUCUGCUGAUGCCCCUAUGUUCGUGAUGGGAGUGAACCAUGAGACAUAUGAAAAUACCCUUCAGGUUGUCAGUAAUGCCUCCUGUACUACCAAUUGCUUAGCCCCCUUGGCCAAGGUCAUUCAUGACAACUUUGGCAUUGUGGAAGGACUAAUGACCACAGUCCAUGCCACUACUGCUACCCAGAAGACAGUAGAUGGCCCUUCUGGCAAGCUGUGGCGUGAUGGGCGAGGUGCUGGCCAGAAUAUCAUCCCUGCUGCCACUGGCGCUGCUAAGGCUGUGGGCAAGGUUAUACCUGACCUGAAUGGGAAGCUCACAGGUAUGGCCUUUCGUGUACCUAUUCCUGAUGUGUCUGUUGUGGAUCUCACCUGCCGCCUAGAGAAACCUGCCAAAUAUGAAGAUAUCAAGCAAGCAAUAAAGAAGGCAUCAGAAGGUCCCUUGAAGGGUAUCCUGGGGUACACUGAGGAGCAGGUUGUGUCUUCUGACUUCAUCACUGACACCCAUUCUUCUACGUUUGAUGCUGAGGCUGGUAUUUCCCUCAAUGACCAUUUUGUCAAGCUCAUUUCUUGGUAUGACAAUGAGUAUGGUUAUAGUAACCGUGUAGUAGACCUUAUGGAGUACAUGGCCACCAAAGAAUAAAAUGGAAGCUCAUGGAUCUUCAUCCUCAGCCAGGGACAGUUUCCAACACUGGAGAGACCUUAUCAUUAAUUUAUUUCCCUUUAUUGGAAAUCUCAUACCAUAUUCAUAAUACUUGGCCCAGAGUAACCCCAUAAUAGGAAGGAGAAGCAUUGAAUCCUAUCUUAUGUGUCAUCAAUAAAGUCAUCAUAUUCAGUGCAAAAAAAAAAAUGGACAGGCCUUUUGUCUGGUUACUACUCAUUAACUCUUUAUAUAUCCACCUAGGAGUCCAAGGGAAAACUUCUCUAGGCUUAUGUCUAGGGUUCCCCCAAAAUGGAAAGUAGAAAGAUAUACACUGUAAAUCUAGUAUGGGAUAGCUAUUUAUUACUUUGACCAAAAGUCAAUACUAAAUCCAAAAGAUAAGUACGAAUUAACAGAAAGGCAAGCAGCAACAAUAAGAACUGUUAUACUCUUUUGAAAGGCAUACUUAAAAAGAUGAUUAAUGCAUCAGGGCAAUGUAGUUUUCAGGUCUGCUUAAAAGGCAUUUUACAAUUCACCUUAUUUCUAUGUCAUAUUAGCACUUCCCUCCAAGUCCACAUCUGGAGAGGGGAUAGGAUUCAUUCUCCAAUGGUGAUUAUCUGUUAAAUAAGCAUUGCAUCUAGUGCAAGAGUAUUCCUCCAGAAUUGUACUGACUGGGGUCCAAUGAUAGCCCUCACUAAAACUCACAAGAUUGACACCGAGACAAAAUAUGUCUGUCUUGGGAUUCUUUUUUUAUCACUUGUGUCCAAAAAAAGAAUGUGAAUCACUAGAAACAACUAGGGCUUUGAGAUCCAGCCUCAUUUAAUAGAGAGAUCAUGAUUUCUCACCAGAAGCCCGGGGAAGGAGAGCUAUUUGCCACAUACCAAAUUGAAGAAAGAGGGCAGAAUCACCCCCUUUUUUUAAGCCCAUUUAGUAUUCCUUUCCUUCUGGUGUAGUGGCCCAUCUUAUCUGAACAGUGAUUUUAUUUUAUUUUUAUUUUUUAUUGUUUUCUGGUUUCUUUUUUCCCCUUUUUAAUUUUUUUAAAAUUUCAUUUAAUUAGUUAAUUCUGAAUAUUUUUCCUUAGUUACAAGAAUCAUGUUCUUUUCCUCUCCUCCCCCUCCCCUCUCCCAUAGCCAAUGCAUGCAUGUGUCCUUGAUCAAAACCUAUUUCCAUAUUAUUGAUAUUUGGACUAGGGUGAUCGUUUAGAUUCUACAUCCCCAAUCAUAUUCCCAUCAGCCCAUGUGAUCAAGCAGUUGUUUUUCUUCUGUGUUUCUACUCCCACAGUUCUUUCUCUGAAUGUGGAUAGUGUUCCUUCUCAUAAGCCUCUCAGAAUUGUCCUGAUCAUUGCAUUACUGCUAGUAGAGAAGUCCAUUACAUCUGAUUGUGCCACAGUGUAUCAGGCUCUGUGUACAAUGUUCUCCUGGUUCUGCUCCUUUCACUCUGCAUCAAUUCCUGGAAGUCAUUUCAGUUCCCAUGGAAUUCCUCCAGUUUAUUAUUCCUUUGAGCACAAUAGUAUUCUAUCACCAAUAUAUACCACAAUUUGUUCAGCCAUUCCCCAGUUGAAGGGCAUCCUCUCAUUUUCUAAUUUUUGCCAUUACAAAGAGCGCAGCUAUGAAUAUUUUUGUAGAUGUCUUUUUCCUUAUUAUCUCUUUGGAGUACAAACCCAACACAGUGCUAUGGCUGGAUCAAAGGGCAGACCGUCUUUUAGUGCCCUUUGGGCAUAUGAACAGUGAUUUUAAAUGUCUCUUCUGCAUCCUUUGUAAACUUAACAUCAUUCCAUGGAUGGCUGCCUUAAUAAUUUGGUCUUUUUCCAUUUUAAUUGUGAAUGAUUUUUAAAAGUUGUUUUUUAAUAUUAAAUUUUUAUUAGUUAAAAAAAACAAAAGCUUUGACAUAGCCACCUCCUCAUUCACCUCACCUUCUGGUUCUUGCAAAGUCAGGGUCCAAUGAAUCAUUCAGGGUUUGCUGUGUCAUUCCAAAACAAUAUUUCUUUCAGUGAUAAGUAUGAGUUUUCCCUGGAAGUGGCCAGGGUAAUUCAGCUCAUCUGCUAGGCCCAUCUCCACACAUGAUUCAUGAGAUUUGAGUCCCUCUAGAGCAGCAGUUCUCAAACUGUGGGUCGCGACCCCAGCGGGGGUUGAACGACGAAAACACAAGGGUUGCCUAAAACCAUUGGAAAAUACAUAUUUCCGAUGGCGUUAGCCACUGAGAAAUCAUGCUACUUUACAGCAAGAUCUCGGAAAGAACAGGGACCCUGCUGCCCGCACAUUGUACUAAUAUUAGUUAUGUAUCAGCAGCCCUCCCCUGAUGAGGGGCGAUGGAUUUACCCUGUUGCCUGGAGACUGGACUCAAACAGAGACCCAGAGAGAACACCAGACGCUGGCUCAGGAGGGGUUACGAACAAGUCCUGGAGCGGAUAACAGAGCCAAGUAACCCCAGCAAAGUGAAGCCUCAGCUCGAGCUGGAGGGAGACAACAGGAAGAAGAAGGCGGACCCCCUCCCCAGGCAGGACUUACCUCCCGCCCCAGCGCUCAGGCUGCCUCCUGCUGGAUUAAUAUUUCUCAACAUAUAGUUAAAUAUUGUUUUUGUGAUUAAUCACUAUGUUUAAAUUAUGUUUUAUUUGUAGCAAUGAUAUUACAGCAAUACAUAAUGCAUAUCAGGUAUUUACAUUCCGAAUCAUAACUGUGGCAAAGUUACAGUUUUGAAGUAGCCACCAAAAUAAUUUUUUGGUUUGGGGUCACUGCAACAUGAGGAACUGUAUUGCGGGGUCACGGCAUUAGAAAGGUUGAGAACCACUGCUCUAGAGCUAUAUGUCCAAAUAGGUCUUAAGUGAAUAUUUGUUCAAAGAAAUUCAUUUGGGCAUUCACUUAUAUAGGGUGCUGCAUUCUGCUUCUCAGCAUGCAGUAGGUAAUAAUAAAUACUCAUUCCCUUCCCUUCAUUGCAAUAUCAGAUAAGGCAUUACUAUAAGAGCAAAACACUAUCCACAAAGAGUGUAAACUAUAUCCCCGGUGUUUCUGGUUUCACAAUUUUUUACUGUAUUGAUAGACCAAAUUAGAAGGAGAGAAAAUUGUGCCAUUGCCUAGUUUGGUUCCUUUUUUUUGUUUUUUAAAUUCAUUUGACUAAGAUUACUAAAUGUGUUUAGAGUUUUUUUCCUGUGGCAUUUCCAUUAUCCCAGGACUCUCUUGGACAAAUAGUAGGUCCCCUUGAUUUCUCCCAAAGUACACUUUCUAUCUGUAUACCUCUCUCAUUUCUCUUUGUCUCAUUAUUGUGGUAUCCAGUGAGACCUGUCAUACCAUUGCCUUCAGGAAGUGAAGUUGGAUCGAAAAAUCUCAAGGAAUUUCUUUUUUUUCCCCUUUUUUCCCCUUUUUAAAAAUUGUCAUGCAAAACACACUUCCACAUUGCUUCUAAGAGCACAGUCAUACAUAACCAAAACCUCAAAAUAAAACCAAAAAUAAACUGAUGUGAAAGACGACUCCAACAGUUCUUUCUCUGGAGGUGGACAGCAUUCCCCAUCUUUAGUCUUUCAGGAUUGUGCCAGAUUUAUGCAUAACUGAGAGUAGCCAAGUUUUCACAAAUAGUCAUCAUCCAAUAUUACUGUUCUUGUGUCCAAUGUUCUCCCAGUUCUGUUUAUUUCUCUCUGGAUCAGUUCCCAGAGAAUUUCUUGAAGCUUGGUAAAGUCGGUCCAUCAUCAAUCAUUCAGGUAAGAAAUGUGAGAGCUGAGAUUUAAAUCAGAUCUUCCUGAUGCUAACACUCUUAUCUGCUACUGCCUCUUGGCACUCUCUAGUAAAAGGAGACAUUAAAGUUUAGAAGCUUCUUCAAACUUCAUACUAGAUGUAUCAGUAGAUAGAAAGUCAGGCCUAGAAACAGGAGAUCCUGGGUUCAAAUCUGGCCUCAGACACUUCCUAGCAGGUCGACCUUGGACAAGACACUUAAGUUCGAUUGCUUAGACCUUAGUGCUCUUCUGCCCUGAAACCAAUAUUUAGUAUCAAUUCUAAGACAAAAAAUAAGGGUUUAAAUUUUUAAAAAAUUAAAGCAAACCUGUCCCAAUACAUUAUGGGAAGGGUCAUGGUAUCCCCAAGGACAGCUAGGUGGAAGGUCCGUCUUCAUAAUGUGCUAGACGUUCAUUAUCUAAUUUCCAAGUAUCUGGUGUGCAGGUCAGGGAAGGCUUUGGUAUGGGAUAACCAGCUGACUUUAAUACACCUUACCCUGAUCUAUAGGGAAAAUAGUAAACAUUUCUUUCAUUCUUUCAAGGCUUCCUAUGAUCUAUUCCCACCUUUAUUGUUUAAAGUUUUUGACCAAGGGCCUGUGCUCAAUUGAAAGGAAGGUUACAACUGGCUUAAAUUUUUGUUUUGUUUUCUUUUGUUUUGUUUUUGAGAGAAACACAAAAAUUCUACAUGCCUGUUUUUAUUAAGAUUAUAUGAUUGAAAUUUUAAAGAAGAGAAAUUUUAGUUCUGUGUUGAAGAAGAAAAGAGGAGUUGGGGGGGGGGGGAGGAGCAAAAGAGAAGAAAUAAGAAAUUGGCAAGAGAGGGACAGAGGGAAAGUAAAGCCCAUGAGAAGUUGUCAUUAGAUGUCUUGCUAAGUGCUUACCUCCUGCUCUGCUUUCAUACUGAAGGACCAGCUCUCCACCUAAUACCAUGUGGCACACAUGCUGGAGGGGGCUGCUCCCCUCCCCCUCUCCAUCAUGCCUAAUCAGCCCAGUGGGCAGUGGGGCUCCCGUGUGGCAUAAGAAUUGCCCUUUGUGCACUUGGUCUCCAUCACUGACUUAGUAACGUAUUCUUUUCCCCAGCAGAUGAGACUCUCUCUCCUGCCUUUCUGGUGCCAAAACAUCCCUACAAUCCCCAUUGAUCUCCCUCACUGAACCCUAAGCUAUCCUCUGCCACAGAAGCCAUGCUUCUGUUCUAAUUCUACCCCCAGAGAAGGAGCUUAGCUCUGCUGAUCUCUUUAGCAUCUGUUUCUGAGUGCCACUGGUGUGUAAAACACUUACGAUGGGUGCCUGGAGGCUGAAAAAUGGACAUUGUGAGUGUAUAAUCGAUGUCAUUACUUUUCUUCUCGAUAGGUGUGGGAAUCUGAAACUAAAAA